GGAGAGAGAGAGAGACCGGACUUAAUCGUGUGGAAUUACUGAGGUUCACUGAGGGUCCUGUACUUGUUCAGCGGGAUGGCGGGAGCGCAGCGGCUUCUGUCCACUCUGGGUAAUUUCCAGACUUCUGCUGUAUUUGAGGACUUUGUAGAAACUGAGAGAAUUAAAACGGAAAGCCUUGGAUCCUCUGUCUCAGCGUGCAAGAAGGUUCUGUGCAGCAACAGUGUUUUAGACACGUGUGAUUACUGGCUUAAGAAUGACAAGGCGCUGAGCAGAAUCAGUUUCCUUGAGGAUCAACAUGAAGGAGGCUGCACCAUUUGUUUCGUGACUUUGGACACGAAUGUGGUUGACCUCCACAAUAACAUCUGCCUCAAGAAACUAGCAUCUGUCACUCCUGAUCUGCCACGACUAGUUGAGGGUCUUGGAACUCGUCCACUCAAGGAACAUGAAAUUCUGCUGCUGAAUGGCUUGGAGUCCCCUGAUACCUGCGUACAUGAUUUUACCCACUCACAUAGCCAGAGAGCAACUGAUGUGUGUGUGGUUCAGAGUGCCAGUGGUUGUUGCCCAGUUAAGUCUGACAGCCUAGUCCUUCAGAUCAACAAGUUCCUUAUUGGACUACAGUCUGGGCAGGAAAGGCAGCGGCAUGUUCAAUUGGCCGGUCAGCGUGUCUGUGAUGACGACACAAAUCGUUCUGUUUCAUCUAUAGAGGAGGAUUUCCUCACAGCCUCUGAACAUCUGGAGGAAGAGAAUGAAGAUGACAAAAAUGAGGCUGACGGCGGAGUUGUAGUAGAAUCGUCCAAGAUGCUACAAACAGAACAAACUAAGAAGAAGAACAUGCUAGAAAGAGAAGACAGUGAAGACUCAGAUACCCUUUGUGCUUCCUGCAAAUCCCACAAAGUUUCCCGAACUUCCAACAGACGUGAAAAAAUCACUCCUAAAAUUAGCAAACAAACCAACAAAGAGUCAAAUUACGCCUCCAGCCUUGCUGAAUCUGUUCUGCAGGAUGCUUUUAUCUGCCUUUCUCAAGACGACGCAUCCUUUCCCACUGAGGCAGCAGUGUCUAACUCCAGCUCUACAAAAACAUCAACUGAUGUGCCCAAUAGAACAAGAACGCACUCCUUUGAACUUCCAAAAAUUGUGAUAGUCCAGAGUCCUGAUAACUGCGAUGAGCCGUCCGAAUGGCCCGGAACACAAUCCUUUGGCACAGAUGAAAAUCAGGACAUACAAGAAACAAGAAACCAGCCUCACUUGCAGCAAAGCUCUGCAGUGAGGCACACAGCUAAGCCUGUGGAGAUAGCCUUAGCAUGUGCUGCUAGCAUCAUCGGCACAAUCAGCAACCCAGAGGUCACAAAGCAACUCGUGCUCGAAUCAGGAAAUGAGAAAGAGGAGAUGAAUGAAGAAGAGGAGAAAGAGACAGAACAAAGAGAUUAUUUAGUCCCUUCUGCGAUAUGUGCCAUAUCCCAACUAGCAGGAGCAGCUGAUCCAGUAGUAACUGAAGAUUCAUGUGAAUUGUCUACAACAUCAGUGGGACUGCUAUCAGCAGCUCAAGCUUCCACAGCCAUUACUUUACACUGCAAUGUUGCGGAAGGAUCUAGUAUGGACACGUUUAGAUCUACUGUUGCUGAGAUUCUCUUGAAAGAAGCUUUAGAAGUUCUGAUCCACAAACAGAGCUACACCAGCAUAGCAAACUUCUUGGAGACCACACAUAACAAGAUUGUGGACGGCAUCAUACAUCCAAGAAGAUCCUGUCAGAACCAUGUGGGAUCAGACAAUUUUACACAAGAGUUGGCAGAAAGUAUGUUUAAAUAUGCAUUGGAGAAAGCUGUAAAAAGAAAAGAGCUUAAAGGAAAGGAUGCCCCCAAUAUACAAUGCUUCCUUUUGGAGAGUAUGAACAGUUUGCUCUUUGAUGUUCUUUGUGCCACAUCAAGAAAAUUUGGUGAUAUUUCAAAAUGUACACCGGAGGUAAUAGAUGGGAAAAAGUGUGAAGUCAGUACAAAAGAAAAUGAAGUAACUGCCAAUCCUGGAGGAGAAGCUGUAAGCCAACUACAUUAUUUAACCAAACUCAAAAAGCCUGAACAUUUGAAUGAGGUAGAAAAGCCUUCUUUAUUUGCAGGGGAAAUGGAAAAAGAGCACAUAGGCAUGCAACCACAGAAAGGAAAUAAAACAAAUGUGAAUGAUCCCACCAAACAGCCUCAAAGCAGAACUACUGUUACCACAUUCAAAGAAGGUGAAGUUAGGCAAAAGACUUUCUCUUCAUCUACAGGAUCCCUGAUGGUGUCUAAAAUGAAUCAAGGUGAGUCUAAGUCUCCUGUUGCAUGUUUUGCUGAAGACUUGGCAACUACUGUAGUCUCUAUGGCUACAGAGCUGGCAGCAAUAUGUCUGGAAAAUUCGAGUGGAAAGCAACCAUGGUUUUGUGCCCUGAAGGCAGGACCUGAAGGGUCUGAGGGGCUCCUGUUGCCCUGCCGCACAGUUCCACCUUUCAGAAGAAAAGAGACACAAAAUGGAGUGGGGAUUACCAAAAAGCACCGUGCACCUCGUCUCAGUGAGAUCAAGCGCAAAACUGAGGAGCAGCCCGAGCUCAUGGAGCGACUGGUGAACCGUGUAGUUGAUGAAACCAUCAGUCUUGAUGAUCCAGCAAACUCUGACCCUUUCUCACUUUUUGCCUCAGAGGUCACUGCCAGGAUUAUGAACUGUCCUGAACUGAAUGUAGUGGACACAUCCAAACCAGGCCAGUCAUCUCGCAGCCGGUUGCAAUGUGAGAGAUGGAGCAGCCGUGGGAAAGCCUCUAGCUACGAAAGUAUUCCAGAGGAAGACGCAGAUCCUUCUGGAGCACCCAACACCCUCGAUCCAGGAAGCAGACUUGGUCACAAUUUGAGCCGGGGAAGCUCAAUAUCUAAGCAGUCCAGCUGUGAAAGCAUUACUGAUGAGUUUUCUCGUUUCAUGGUGAACCAGAUGGAGACAGAAGGCAGAGGGUUUGACCUACUACUUGACUAUUAUGCAGGAAAAAAUGCCAGCAGCAUCCUAGCAACUGCUGUUCAACAGGUGACAAGCAAGAAAAACGGCCACCUAAAUGUUCGGACAUCAGCCUGUCUGUCCAAACAGUCGAGCACAGAGAGCAUUACUGAGGAAUUUUAUCGCUACAUGCUCAAAGAUAUGGACAAGGAGAAUAAAGAUUAUGGGAUCUCUAAGACUAAAGAUUGGAGUAACAGUCUUUUGCCGCCACCCUCCAGGAGCCCCUUUUGCAUCCGUCAGUCAUCUGUUCCAGAUAGACGAUCAUCUGACUCAAGACUAACUGUAAACUCUCCCAUUAAGGCCAACUCAUUUGAUGGAUUUGCCCAAAAUGUGCAUAGUGACUCUCUCAACAUUUAUCCAUCCAACUCUGUGUCAUCCACAGGAUUAUGUAAAUCUGAUUCCUGUUUGUACAAGCGUGGCCAGACAGACCAUAUUACAGACAUGCUUAUCCAUGAGACCUGGGCAAGUUCUAUUGAGUCUUUGAUGCGUAAAAACAAAAUUAUAGCUGAACCCUCAGAGGACAGCACAGAGCAGGACUCUGAAUCUCAACCACAUGUGCAACUCUUUGCAAAUCGACUAGCCACAGACAUUGUUGAGAGCGGCAAGUCACUUAUCGGAUGCCAACAGGACAUCACGGCUAGUCAUGCUUCAGUUGUUGAGAGGAGAAAGGGCUUUAUGCAGUCUUGCUCAGGAAUUGGCCAAAACUUGUCCCAGUCAGAGAGUGCAAAUCGUGGACAGAGGGAGGUUCCUUUGAUCCACAUCGAGCCAGAUCGAAAGGAUGAAGCAUCUGAAGACAUGGAGUGCAAUAGACACUUCAUCAGAGAUUCAAACACCAAUGUUCAACCUCAAAGUAGCAGCGAAAAAGUAAUGUCAUUUCAAAACAGGGACAACAGCAACAGGAUGGCCACAGCACCCUCUACAUGUGUAGAAGGGGCAUGUCGCUCUUUCAGCACCAGCAGUGAGGAAAGUGGCUCAGGUGGUUGGGCACAAGUUGCUGCUGAUGAAGAUGCACAAGAGGAAACCACUUGUAGUUUUAUUCAUCUAAGUGAGGGAAAUGGUAACAGUAGCGCAUCUAGUCUUGGCGUUGCAGAUCUUGAGGGCUUUCCAGAAAGUUAUAGUUCCACUGGGCUAAACAGUGAGGAGAGACUGAGGGUAUUACAGAGUCAGGAGCAGGCAGAUGAAGUGACCUCAGGUCUGUCCACAGCAGGAAGUAGUUGUCACAGAGAGCUGCAAGUGAUGAACUUUGACCUGGAAGUUGAAAGUGUGAACAGGGAGAUGCGAGUGACAUUGCAAUGGAUUGCGGCAUCUGAACUUGGCAUUCCUGCAGUAUAUUACAGAAAAAUACCACAGCAUACAAACACCAAGUUCCAGAAAGUGGUGCACCUGGCUGCUCAGAGAUCCUGGUGUGUUGGAGAUUUAUUCAGUCUUGUGUUGCAGUUUUGCCAACUCCACAAUGAGGGAGUCGAAGAGAUUGGUCUGUUCGACUGGCUUCUAAAAACACAGCGUUAACACACGCACACACGCAUGCACGCACACACGUAGGCACACAGACACACAGACACACACG